UUGUCCGUGAUGACGUCACGGGGAGAGGCGGGCCCCCGGCGUUGGUUGGUGCUGGCCAUGUCGUUCGUGAACCUGCUGGUCAACGGCUCUCUCAACUAUCACGUGGGUGUGCUCAAUCUGGCACUGCUGGACAACUAUCACGCUGACCCUCUCCUGACGUCAUGGCUCAUGUCGCUCUACGUCUCGCUCUUCGCCCUCGGAGGUCCAGUGUCCAGUGUGAUUAUCGAUAUGUUCUCCUGUCGUGUGUGUGUGUUCAUGGCCGGAGUCCUGGGCCUGGUGGGGAUGGCGGGAAGUUACCUGGUCACUGACCCAGCCGUCCUCUUCCUCACACUCACCAUUGCAG